UUAUGGGUUUCGUUUGUGGUGAUAAAUUUCUUCCAAAAUUGGUUAGUUGGUGGCUUCCCCAUUUUGUGGCUCCACUUAGCUUUUCUUCCUUCUUAGAGGGAGCUUCAUUCUUUAUCGGACAGAUAAAAAAUUCCUCUCAGAUAAGAGCUCUCACAUUUUCCAUGUUAUCUACCAUGGAAUUGUUGGUAAACUGUUGUGAUUGAUUCCUACUAUCACCUCCAGCUGUUUAUUAGAUCCAUUUAAUUUGGGAAACAUGUCUGCCAUGCAAUUGCGAGCAAGUGGGGCCGAGAAAACUUUGUCACAUAACGAGCAGCAAGCCAAGAUCAAUGAAGUUAGACAGCUGAUGGGUCCUAUUGCUGACAAGCUACCAAACUUGUGUUCGGAUGCUUCAAUACUAAGGUAUCUCAGAGCAAGGAACUGGAAUGCAAACAAGGCAUGUAAAAUGCUGAAGGAAACAUUGAAAUGGAGGCUUGAUUACAAACCAGAAAAGAUCUGUUGGGAAGAUGUUGCCCGUGAAGCUGAGACAGGAAAGAUUUACAGUUCCGGUUACUUAGACAAGUAUGGAAGGACCGUUCUUGUCAUGAGACCUGGUUUCCAGAACACAACCUCAACAAGAGGCCAGAUAAAAUAUUUGGUUUAUUGUAUGGAGAAUGCCAUAAUGAAUUUGGCUCCAGAUCAGGAGCAGAUGGUAUGGCUAAUUGACUUUCAAGGGUGGACAAUGGCGAGCAUAUCGGUGAAGGUCACUCGUGAAACAGCUCAUGUAUUGCAGAACCGUUACCCUGAGAGGCUGGGCCUAGCAAUCCUCUAUAAUCCACCGAAAAUUUUUGAAUCUUUUUGGAUGAUGGUGAAACCCUUUCUAGAGCCCAAGACAUUCAAGAAAGUGAAGUUUGUAUAUUCUAAUGACCCAGAAAGCCAGAAGAUAAUGCAGGGCCUUUUUAAUAUGGACAAACUUGAAUCUGCAUUUGGUGGGCGUAAUACGGUUGGGUUUGACUACAAAAAAUAUAGUGAGCAGAUGAAAGAGGAGGACAGCAAGAUGGCUGAUUUCAUUAACUCAGGAUAUUUAACUCCAUCAGUUUUGUCCGAUUUCCCGCAAUCAGAGUUAUCGGUUUCAGGACAUGGUUCAGAUAAUGAAGUUUCCUCUGGAGAUGAUGGAAUCGAGCCAAAGGAUACUGACAAAUUGUCAGACGAGAAGAUACCAGGCUAGCUUGGCUGCAAAGACAGUGCAAAGGUUUUGACAGAGGCUCAGACAUAGGUGAUACAAAUGAGCGAGUCAGCUUGAAACUCGAGAAACAAAGGUAAGGACUUGAUCCAUAUAUUUUUCAAACUAGAUAUGUAAUGGCCAAUGAAACUACGCUAGGAUCCAUCC